AUGAAAUCAACCAGUAUCAUAACUAUAGCCUCGCAAAUAAAGUAUGUCCUCAUCACAGGAUGCAGCGACGGCGGCAUCGAUUCAGCCCUAGCCCAGUCAUUCCAUAACAAGGGCCUCCACGUCUUCGCCACGACUCGAGAUACCUCCAGAAUGCAAGAUCUACGAGAUUUCCCCAAUAUGACAUUCCUCCAACUAGACGUGACUUCCCCCGAAAGCAUCGCCGCAGCGUACAAGAUCGUGGAAAAAGCGACGAAUGGCAAACUACACUAUCUCGUUAAUAACUCUGGCGCAGGCUUCGUAAUGCCUCUCUUGGACUCGGAUGUUAACAUAGGGCAGAAGGUGUUUGAUGUCAAUGUUUGGGGCGUUGUGCAAGUAACGCAGGCUUUUGCACCGCUUGUGGUUAAUGCAAAGGGGACAGUUGUGAAUAAUAUAUCGACGGCGGCUUGCUUGGGAUUACUAUAUCAAGGAAUGUGCUGUAGUUCCAAAGCCGCGAUUCGACUUAUAAGUGAAACGUUGGCAUUGGAGAUGAAACCUUUGGGAGUGAAAGUGAUUAUUGUUAUCACGGGUAACAUUCGUACACAGUGGUUUAAUAACUCCCCGAGACUUGAACUACCAGAGGGGUCUUAUUACUCUUCUAUUAUAGAUCGGAUUAGGGUUUUUGUGAAGGGAGAGCAAGGUCAUCCGGAAAUGGAGCCCAAGAUGUAUGCGGAGAAAGUUGUGGGUGAUGUCCUUGGUGGUGCUGAAGGGACGAUAUGGCGAGGAGCGCAGUCAAGUAUUGUUAGAAUUGCUAUAGCUGUUAUCCCGACUUGGUUAAUAAAUGCACUUGCUGCUAGGGGGACGGGACUCGAUACCCUGGAGCUAUACCGGGAAAUGUGCUUGGAAAAUGGAUAUGAAUCUCACUAA